CCAAAACCCAAAGAUGGCGGGUGCAUCCGGCCGCAUUUUCCACCGCACCUCUUCCCAACAGAAUCCUGCGCAUGGCAGACUCGAUCCGAGGUGAUGGUCUGCUCAGGGCGGGUCAAACCCUGCAAGCACUCGUCGAGAACCCGGAACGUCUGGAACGCGCGAGAGCGCAUUUAUGCGGGUCUCCUCGUAUACAUCUCAACUCUCCGGCGCCACGACGCUAUCCCAUAGCCCAGACGAGUUUACUGAUGCCCAAAAACGUCGAGACGAGAAGAUAUGGCAGCUGCAGUUGGAGCAUAGGGCUUCGCUUCCUUACAACCAGUUCGAUGUCCAGUCCAGCGAGGAGCUGCAGCGUCUUUUCCAAGCGGACCGAAAUCGGACAUAUCAUCCCCGCCCCGGCAUAGAGAGCAUCUACAAACACGCAGAUGCCAUCGUCAGGGAGCGCUGGAUCGAUCAGGGAAUCUGGAAGGACGAGUGGAAUGGGGGGGUUCGGACCCGGCAGGCUCUGGAAGCACGAGAAACCUCUAGAGUCCGAGAUCGAGACAGGGUUGGGUACCGCGCCCGCCCCAGGACUCUUCGGCAAUGAGGAAACGGAGCGUCGGGGGCCGGCUAGGAGCGAAGAGGAGCUUCGACAAGAGAAGCGCGAACGCGAGGCCUCACGGCCCUACUAACAAUUCCUCUACCAGGUCUCUAAGGAGCGCGAGCGCAUUCAAGGGGAAAUGAAAUCCAGGCCGAGAUCCUCUCACUCAAGCC